ACUCUGGACUCUAAGCUUCUCCAUAUGUGGGAAGCAAAACAAUCGCUAUUGCGACGAUGGAAACACCAGCGCCACAACAGGAAACUCCGCAUAAGGAUAGCGAAGCUAGACAAACAAAUCGAGCGAUACGCGACUCAAUUGGCUGCGCAACAAUGGGGUCAGCUUUGUGAAGGAAUGCACGACAGCCUCAGUAAUAAACGAACUUGGCAACUCCUUAGGCAUCUGCUAGACCCCACGACAUCUCGCACACGACACUGCCACGCCAUCACCAAACUGCUACACGAGCACUGUGACCAUUUAGGACAGCUCUUCGAUAACCUCCGCACGUUGCACUUACCCCAAUUUCGCAAGGAUAUUGUACCCUCUUAUACAGGGGAACCUAAUGAGUCAUUAGAUGCACCAAUUACGGAGGCAGAAGUUAGGCACGCCCUCGCAACACUCCGUACCACGUCGGCCCCCGGCCCCGACCGCGUCAGCAACAAACUCCUUAGAAAUCUUGACCCCAUUUCAAUUAAAGCAUUGACUGAUGGCUCAAAAAUGUACUCUUACAUCAGCAGCUUCCUCACAGACCGCACAGCAACAUUAACAUUAGGACCAGAACACUCCCCAACUUACACACUGGGCAGCUUCGGAACGCCUCAGGGGUCGGUGCUCUCUCCCAUCCUUUUUAACCUGGCUAUGCUACCUAUAGCCACCGCUCUUCAACAUAUCCCUGAAUUAAACUUUUCCAUCUAUGCCGAUGAUAUCACUUUAUGGUUGAAAGGAGGCUCAGAUGGACACAUUCAAGACACACUACAAGCAGCUGUAGACGUCAUAGCUGCACACACAUCCCAGAUGAAUCUUUAUUGCAGCCCUAGCAAAUCCGAAUUACUCCUUCUACCAACUCACCGUCGAAACAAACACGUUCCAAUGAUCGAAGUGCACAUAAAUGGGUGCCUGAUUCCUAAAGUCUCACGCAUUCGUGUACUAGGUUUAUUUAUUCAAAACAAUCGACUUAAUACGCACACUCUCGAAACUUUACGCAAUACCAUUGAAAACACCCUAAGACUGAUAGGAAGAAUCUCGGGUAAAAACGGAGGGCUCCGGGAGUCAGAGCUACUUCGUCUCGUACAGGCUUUUGUGAUUAGUAAAAUCACAUAUACUCUCCCCUACCUUCACCUUAAACCAGCAGAGGAGGACUUCGUCAACACCCUCCUUCGCCGAGUUUACAAAUACGCUCUAGGAAUUGCGUGCAAUGCCUCUAACGCACGACUCCAUCAGACAGGGGUCAUAAAUACCCUUUCAGAAAUUACUGAAGCCCAUUUAACAGCUCAAUACGCUAGGCUCGCGACCACUAGCGCAGGCCGUCACAUUUUAGCUACUACCCGCAUUAACUUCACCUCUAUCACCAAUGCUAAGCAUAACAUUCCCCACCACAUACACAACCAAUUACUCAUACCGCCCCUUCCUAAAAACAUGCACCCUACUUAUCAUACUAAACGUCGAAUCCAAAGAGCAAAGGCCCUUCAGAAAAACUUACAAGGAGCCAAUGACGUGCUCUAUGUCGAUGCGGCAGAAUACCCAUCUUCCUCGUCCUAUGCCCUUUCUGUCGUGGAUACCAACGGCAAGGCGAUCACAACGGCAUCCGUCACUGUCAACUCCUCGGAGGAGGCAGAGGAGGCUGCCAUCGCAUUAGGUUUAUCCAUCCCCAAUAUCACUAUGAUUGUUAGUGACUCUAAAACUGCCAUACGUAACUUCAGUGCAGGUCGCAUCUCACAAACUGCCCUUUCAAUUCUUAAUAAACACUCUCCCACGCAAGACGUUGCUCUCGUAUGGACGCCCGCGCAUGCGGGGCUGUGUGGCAAUGAGGCGGCUCAUGCCUGUGCUCGAGGAAUGACAGGCCGGGCGCAGGCCACCGACGACGCCUUAGACCACGCGGCACCCUUCAGUGCGAGGGAUCGUCUUUUGACCUUCCACGACAUAACAAACCACUACCGCCUUCAGCGCACAGUAUACCCCCCCUUACACCGGGGAGCUACUCGCCACCACGAAAUACUUUGGCGCCAGUUACAGACCCGUACGUUCCCUACCCCCUCUUUUCGCCAUCUUAUACACCCUGCGAUAUAUCCCUCCCCUUUAUGCAUUUUCUGCCAACAAAGAGCCAAUCUCGAUCAUAUCAUGUGGGGUUGUACUCUGAACCCACCACCUAACUCACUAAACAUUAGUAGUAAGGAGCUGUGGGAGGCUGCUAUGUGCAGCUCGGCGCCCGAGGUCCAGGACCAGAUCCUGGAUUGGGCCAAGAGGGUAGCGGAGACCUACGCCGGGUAGGCUCCUCUGCUCCCUCCACCACCGCACCCUUCCCUCUUGGGAUAAAUAAAGUCUUUCUCC